AUGGCGACGGAGAAUGAAUACACCGAUAUGGAUGUCACCCGGGUCAAUACCUGUGACAAGGUAUGGAAGAAGUCGUUUUUCAUCACGUUAAUAUUGAAUGGUCUGGCCCUGACAAGUCUACUGGCUCUUCAUCUCUACAACCAAUUCAAACCCGUUGCUGAUCCCGAUAGCCUUGAACUGUCUCAGGACCUGUGUGUUCCCUGUCAGGAGGAAACCGCAUUGUCGGACUACAAAGUACAGACACAGACCGGGAAGUAUCUGUGUUGUUACAACAACACCGACAUACUACGGGCUGUGAAUAUUAUGCUGAAAGAAGAGAGACGAUUCAGAUUUGAAUUUUCUGAUGUAAAGCAGUACACGCCACGUCACGAUACAGUUGUGAACGCCAAGGAACUGAAGUGGUGGAAAGAACGUCGCUCAGCGGCACAUCUACAUCUGGAUAUCGGGGGUAUCACAGAAACUGACCUGACGACGGUAAGAUGGAGAUCCAAUUCCAGUUUCGUGACGUCAUUUGUAUCUGACGGAGUAGAAGUGGUAGAUAAGAGAAUGAUACAGGUGUCGGAAAGGGGAAUGUACUUCAUUUACUCCACAAUAUCUGUGGAAUUCAGCAAAAUGAGUCAGAACCAGCCCAAUAAACAUCAAGGAUUUUAUCAUACUAUACAGAAAGGAAAUAAGAACCUGAAAAACACAGGCCCCAGCAUCCAAAUGAUACGAAAGUAUGGCGGCAACCCGGCUGACGAGACAGACAGACUUUACACCAGUUUCUUGUGUGGUGCCCUCUUUCUACAAAAAGGAGACCAGCUAACCUCGGAACUUGAUGAACCCCCUCUCAUAUAUAAGUUUCCUUACGCAAACUAUUUUGGAAUCUUCAAACUGUGAUAUUAACUAUGUUUUGAUAGUGUCAAAGAAAUAACAUUUUCUUGGAAGUUUUACUUCCACUUGAGGUUCAAUAUAUAUAUAUUGAAAUGGAAGUCCCUAAAGACAUCAGAUCCGUCAUUUUACUUGUGUCUUGUUACAACUUAUCAAGACAUUAAAAUGGCACCUGUAUUGAUCGAAGUGUGCAGGAAACGUGCAUGCCGGCACAUGUAUUGAUCGAAGUGUGCAGGAAACGUGCAUGCCAGCACAUGUAUUGAUCGAAGUGUGCAGGAAACGUGCAU